GGGAACACUGAUAUUGUCCAAGAAGAACUUGAGGUAAAGUUACUUUUCAUUCUCAUAAACAGUGGUCUUUUGCAUAUAAAUUGAUUUAAACAUGAACAAGGGAUAUAAUAAGAGAUAAAAGCAAUAAGGUUGUGAUGUUUUGAAUAAAUAUUGUUGUUGCAACUUACAAAGGAGACUAAAGUUCAGUUUCAUGGUUUUAAACUGCUGAUUGCUGCUUUAGGUUUUAGUUUUUAGACUCUGAACAGAAUGAAGAUCCUGAAGAAAGCAUCUACACUCAUCCUGAGUAGAGGAGCUAAAAUAUAUCAAAACACAUUGUGCAACAAGGAUUUUCUUUUUAAAGUUCACCCAGCUGUGUCUCAGGCGCUGGCAGAAAACAAGCCUGUGGUUGCUCUGGAGAGCACCAUAAUCACGCAUGGCAUGCCCUAUCCACACAAUCUGAGCACUGCAAGGGAGGUGGAAGCUAUUGUGCGAGGCGAAGGAGCCAUCCCAGCCACGGUUGGUGUGAUUGAGGGGAAAAUUCAUGUUGGACUGUCACCGGCAGAGCUGGACCACCUCUCCCAGUGCAAGAGCCCCUUAAAGGUCUCCAGACGUGAUAUGCCUUAUGUCAUUAGUAAGGGUCUUUCUGGAGGAACGACAGUGUCAGCCACUAUGAUAGCAGCACACAGAGCUGGGAUCCAUGUUUUUGUUACCGGGGGUAUUGGAGGAGUUCACAGGGAUGGACACAACAGUCUGGACGUCAGUGCAGAUCUGACGGAGCUUGGCAGGACUCCCGUCGCUGUGGUCUCUGCAGGAGUCAAGUCUAUUCUGGACAUCGGCCGCACCCUAGAGUUCCUCGAAACACAGGGUGUGUGUGUUGCAACUUAUGGAGAUUCAAAGAAUUUCCCAGCCUUCUUUUCUCCACACAGUGGAUUUACCUCUGCAUAUAAUGUAUGCAACCCCGGUGAAGCUGCAAAACUCAUUGCAAGCACGUUGUCUCUGGGUGUCCAAAGCGGUGUCCUCAUAGCAGUACCCAUCCCAGAGGAGCAUGCAGCUGCAGGCCAGCAGAUAGAAGAAGCCAUACAGGCUGCGGUGACUCAGGCAAGCUCUAAAGGUGUCACGGGCAGAGAUGUGACACCAUUCAUUCUUCAAAAGGUCAAUGAGCUAACUCGAGGAAAGUCCCUCCAGGCCAACAUUGCUCUUAUUCAUAAUAAUGCUAAAGUUGGAAGUCAGAUAGCCUGUGCACUGUCAAAGCAGAUGAAGGACAGAACAUCCAAAAGUCAAAUUCAUCCUGUUCAAAAUGUCCCUACAGAUUCAGAAUCAGAUGUUGUUGUGAUAGGAGGAAUAAAUGUUGAUUUUAUUGCCAAAGGAAAAACAAAAGCCCUUCAUUUUGGACAGACCAACCCAGGAAAUGUCUGUCAGUCAUUUGGUGGCGUGGGAAGAAAUAUUGCUGACUGUCUGAGCAGAUUAGGCCGUAAACCACUCUUCAUUUCUGCUACUGGGGCUGAUGAAAAUGGAGAUGCAGUGAUAAGCUACUGCAAACAUAUGAACACAAGAGGUGUUGUGAGGUUGAAAGAGCAGAGUACAGCUACCUACUGUGCUGUUAUCACUGGCAACGGAGAACUGAGUCUGGGACUGGGGGACAUGGACAUCCAUCAGCAAAUCACAGCACACCAUGUAUCACAGUUUGAGAGGCAGCUUUUGGCAGCCAGCCUUGUGUGUCUUGACGGAAACAUCCCAGUCUCCACCAUCAACUAUGUUUGUUCUCUUGCCAGGAAUCACAACAUAAAUGUUUGGUAUGAACCAACAGAUACAGAUAAGGCUUGUAAGCCUUUUCUCUCAGAUGCUUGGAAGUCUCUGUCCUAUUCAUCCCCAAACCUAGCAGAGUUGUGCGUCAUGAACAAAACUUUGGGUAUUACCACACCUGAAGCCCUGCCAAGUUCUCUGGACGGUACCCUGAGUGUCGCUUUGGCUCUCUCACGCCCUCUCCUGGAGCAUCUUCACUGCCUGGUGGUGACUCUAGGGCAUAACGGUGUGCUGCUAUGUGGAGCACAUGAUGCAGGGACAGUCAGCCUGCAGCCAAGAAAACAGAAGCCAAGAGGGCAGCUUUGUGCACUGCACUACCCAGCGUUAACUGUGACCCCAGAGGAGACGAUGAAUGUGUCAGGAGCAGGGGAUAGUCUUGCAGGUGCCUUGAUAGCAGGGAUUUUCCAGGGAAAGGACACGGACAGCUGUGUUCGGAUGGGGCUUCUGGCUGCAAGGAUGGCCAUGGCAUCACCGCACCCAAUCGCUCACUCUCUCAGCUUAGAGUCUGUUGAUCCCUACAAAGUCCACACUCACAAGUGGCCAAAACCACGCUUUUUUUGGAUGGAUUAAGAUUUAACACAAGUUUUAUUUUCCAUAUUUAAAAAUGUGUCACAUAUAUAAUAAUGUACAAUAACAUAGUUAAAUAAUGUAUCACAGUCACAAAAAGCAUGUAACCCAAAUGUUUCUGAUAUUUUUCAUCGUUUUGUAAUAAAAUAUACAAC